UCCGCCCCCCGUGGCUGGGAAGGCGGAGCAGACCGGCCCCAGAAGGCUACGGGAAGGAGCGGGACUCCGGGCGAUGGCGGCGUCCGGCGCGCUGCUGGUGAUGGGCGUGAGCGGCUCGGGGAAAAAAGGCAGCUACGGCAGCAUUCCACCAGAGGCAGCAAAAGACAACUAAAAUAUCACAACCUCCAAAGGCUUAUCCAGACCCUUCUAGGAUGAUCUGAAUCAGGAACUGCCUGUGCGGUCCAGUGUAUUUUAAAGACUCUUUCUUUCUCCAGAUCCACCGUCGGCGCCCUGCUGGCAUCCCAGGAUGGAAAUUCUACGAUGCAGAUGACUAUCACCCAGAGGAAAAUCGAAUGAAGAUGGGAAAAGGGAUACCUCUGAAUGACCAGGACAGGAUUCCAUGGCUCUGCAACUUGCAUGACAUUUUACAAAGAGAUGUAGCCUCUGGACAGCAUGUAAUUCUUGCCUGUUCAGCUCUGAAGAAAGUAUACAGAGACAUCUUAAUACAAGGAAAAGAUGGUGCACGUCUGAAGUGUGAUGAGUCAGGAAAGGAAGAAAAGCUGGCUGAAGUGAAGCUCCUUGUGGUCCAUCUGACUGGGUCGUUCGAGGUCAUCUCUGGACGCUUACUCAAAAGAAAAGGGCAUUUUAUGUCCCCUGAGUUAUUGCAGUCCCAGUUUGAUACUCUGGAGCCCCCAUCAGCUCCAGAAAAUUUCAUCCAAAUCAGUGUGGACAAAAAUCUUUCAGAGAUAAUUGCUACAAUUAUGGAAACUCUAAAAUGAAGUGAGAAGCAUUUAUAUCCGUGGUCCAGAACACAACUGGGCAUAACUCUGUCUCCCAUCCCAAACCAUGUUCCAGUAUCCUUGUUGAUACUGUAUUCUAGAUUCUUCUUAAGGUGAAUAAACCAUAAUGUAUUGAGA